AUGGGGGAAUUCUUUUACAUCGACUCUGAGAGAAUUGAUAUUCAACCACAAUACUUUAAAGAAACUUCCUCUCUGGAUACCUUACAUAAUAAAUGGUUUGUCAAUUUGAGUGAUAGUGACAUUCCUUUGGAAGUUAAACUCUUAUUACAACUUGGUGAGAAAUUUGGCCUACCAAUUAAUAAGAACAAUAAAGAAAAGACCUUGGUCACAAAGAAAUUUAUUAGCGACCAUCCUAAUUUAUUAAUCACUAACGCUGACAAGGGAAGUGUCACGGUUAUACUUGACAAUAAUGUAUAUAUUGAAAAAAUGGAGGAAAUUCUCUCAGAUUUGAAUACAUAUGAAAAGAUUACCAAUGAUCCUACAAAAAAAGUAACUCGGGACCUGCGUGUUUUGUUGGUAAGAUGGAAGCGUAAUGGUUUCAUUGACGAUGUUACAUAUCGCAGAUUACUCACUAUUGAUGGUGUUAUUCCUAGAGCUUACGGUUUAACCAAAAUACACAAAGAUGGUAACCCAUUGAGAGUUAUAGUAUCUUCCAUUAAUGGUGCAUUAUAUGCUCUUUCUCUUUCUAUGCACAACAUUAUUAAUGAUAGUAUACCAAAGACGUUCAGUCAUAUUAAAGACAGUUUUCAAUUGGUGGAAAAAUUGAACGGUAGAUUUGUUGACCCAGGUUAUGUUUUGGCUUCGCUCGAUGUGGUGUCCCUCUUUACAAAUACUCCUACCGAUCUAGCAUUGAAUAGCAUUGAUGGGAGAUGGGAGCACAUCUCGGCGAAGACUUGCAUUCCAAAAAGUGAAUUUAUCAUUGCAGUUAGAUUUAUUUUGGGGUUAACUUUCUUUGCCUUUAAUAAAAAAAUUUAUAAGCAAGUAUUUGGUACUCCAAUGGGUUCUCCUCUAUCACCCAUUAUUGCUGAUAUGGUUCUUCAAGAUCUUGAGAAGAGUGGCAUUAGCAAGCUAAGGGUUGAGCCGUUAUUCUACUUUAGAUAUGUGGAUGAUAUUAUACUUGCGCUUCCAUCUGACAAUAUAAUUGACACACUUAACACUUUCAAUUCAUUACAUAUCCGAUUACAAUUUACUUUGAAAAUUCCUCAAUUUUUAUUCCAACCAUCCUUUCUGCCACAAGAAAGGUACAAUUAUCAGUUCCAUAGACAAGAUUCUAUUACUGUCACAUCCAUCGUUCCACCAGAAAAAUUUGAUUGA